AUGGUAAGCCACUUCGAGAAUAAGCGAAUCGGGGGGUCCGGUUCUGAUAGAACGCAGAUAGAAUCUGGCAGUUUCACGUCCUCAAGGGCACUCUUCAGUGUGGAAGUAGACGCUCGUGGGUGGGACCUGCGUGAAGAAUUCGGUACUUCUAUGAUAUUGUCUGCUGCGGAGGUAAGCGAAGACAAUGCUACACGUUUUGAACGCCCCGUACACGUUAGUCUGGCCCGUUUCCGGGCGCCGCUGCAUUUUCAUUCAAGGGUUCCGCGAUGGUUGAUUGUAGACUGCAAUCAAAUGUCGCAUUUGGUCGCCCUGCCGUGCUUUCAAGAGCCCGAAGGGAUGACAACCUGUCUUCUCCUGUGUCUGAUCAUUGCAACACUGACAACCUAUCGAGUUCAAACCUGGCUUACUCACUACAGUAAUCUAGCCCCCAAGAUGGUUAUCUCCGCCUAUGACGAACAUCAGAGAGAGCUGCCCUUUCCGCUCGUCACUCUAUGCAAUAUCAAUCCAGCAAGAGGACUCGUACUGUACAAUCCGAACUCACCCAGUCAAGUCACGCGCGGAGUGGACUACGAGCUAUUUUCCGAUGCAGUUCAAGGUCGGGUGACAGAGAAUCCGCCAAAAGGGAAACUGGAAAUUCCCAUCUACCGUCUUAUGGAUCAAGCGUCACACCAGUUGGUGGAUAUGCUGAAAUUAAAUCAACUACAAUUCAUGAGCAACCCAAGUACAGGAUGUCAUUCUUUCGUAGAUUUCGUUUCCCUUUUUAUUAAAAAUCGUUCAUCAGUAGCACCCUUUCGGUGCCUAGCUGCCAUGCCACACGAAGGAGGCACGAGGGCUGGGAUACUGCCAGGUAGCCCAAAACUAGACAGUGGAAGUCGAGUGGCAGAGGUCGGGUUCGAACCACGGACCUUCCGGACAUGGUCCAGUCGAGCCCUCAAUGGCGCUUGUGCAUUCAACCUAUUGCCUGCAAUGCAUAUCUCCUUUUCCAACCCCUCAUUUGACAGCCCACUGACAGUGCUGGAUUUAUGCACCAAUUUAUCAGCUCCCGCCUGCAAUGCGCAGCUACCUACCCACCCACCCCCCAAAUCAUCGGUGAACGAAACUGCGGCAGCUACAACCACUGUACGACGAGCUUGGGCAGCCCUUAUACUUCCUUCGGGUGGUAUGGCAGCUAGGCACCGGAAGAGUGUUACAGCUGAACAAUUCGACUUUUUGUUGAAGCAUUCAGUGCACAGCCGGUCAGUCCUCGUGCUCUGCAGCAAAUUUCACAAAGAGUAUCCUUCCGACCGGUGCCUGCUACACUUUCCACGGAACCCCGUCUGUCAUAGCUUGAUUUCUCCUCUGUUUGCUGCAGAUGUCGAUGAAUUUCAACUAACACUGGAUCCACAAAGCUACGACUAUAUGAUUCCUAACCAAGGAUUUGUCGGCUUCCGUAUUUUACUACACGGAAGAGGUGAUCCGCUUUGGGGUACAAUGCCUGGUGCGGUGUACGCCGGACCAACGUUUCAUACGAUGCUGCGAGUGGUCGGCCUGAAGAAAGCAAAUGUCGAUGAAUUUCAACUAACACUGGAUCCACAAAGCUACGACUAUAUGAUUCCUAACCAAGGAUUUGUCGGCUUCCGUAUUUUACUACACGGAAGAGGUGAUCCGCUUUGGGGUACAAUGCCUGGUGCGGUGUACGCCGGACCAACGUUUCAUACGAUGCUGCGAGUGGUCCGUGGUUCGAACCCGACCUCUGCCCCUCGACUUCCCCUGUCUAGGCUUGGGCAACCUGGCAGUAUCCCAGCCCUCGUGCUUCCUUCGGGUAGCAUGACAGCUAGGCACCGGAAGGGUGUUACGGCAAACUCAGUCUCCCAGUGGGGAGUUUUGGGCACAACUAUUUACAGACAACACUGUGUACCUCAUCAUCAAUGGGCUCAUUGUAUGCAUCAGUGUAUGCAAGAGAUGCUAUACAAGCAGUGCCACUGCUAUAUGUCACAUUGUACCCUGUUGCACAUGAUGCAAUGCGGACGGAAGAUGCACUCCAUGGUUGACAAUCUUCCUCCAAGCAAGUGUCGAUGUAAAAACCCAUGUGAACAAGUGACCUAUUCGAUUGAAUCAAUCACACAAGCUUUGAAGCCGCCUCUUUUCAGCCUGAUGAGUCCAAGAACAGAUGCGUUACUUUCUUCAGAUGGACUACUUGCUCCUGCUCCCAAACGGGUGCGCAGAGAUAUCGAAACUGUGAACCAGAACAUGGAAGGGAAGGAGAAGAGCCUUCAGAAAAAGGAGAUCAAGGAUGGAUUUCUAAUCCAACUGUGGGCAUUCCUCCGCGAAUCUAACCGAACAGCCUUCGAGGAAUUCCGUCACUUGUCACGGUUGCUGCAGAGCUUACACAUGGAUCUUCAGAUAGUUGAAAGGGCAGUCUCGGUGGUGCAGUUUACUCACCAUCUAUCCAGUCCACAACACAAUCCCGUAAAAUGGGAUGAGGCAACCGAUCGCUCAAAAGACGGUCCGAAGCCAAAUCACUCAAAGGACGAUGGUCUGUGCUUGGAAAGCGAGGAAGACGCCCGCAUGCUUUCCCGGGUGCGUCGUUUGGGCGAGGAAUUCGUCCGUCUAUUUCGCCAAAGCGUUCUUUUCCGUGAUCUUACACUAAUCCCCGGAGAAGACUUCCACAUUCACAUGGUGCGUCUUUUCUUUCUACGUGUGGUAGACGAAUUAGAUCAUUUGGCCAGUCAACUGCAGCACAACGAUUUGUUUUCUGAUGUGACUAUGCUGGACUUACAAAGAAAAGCGCAUCAGUGCAAGCAAACUGGGGGCAAUCACUUGACCAACGGAAAUCGUUCAUCGGAUUGGCUUUCGAUGCUUGUAGAUGGUCAUACUCGACUAACGGAAUCUUCAGGGGAUAUUGCCAGCCUGCAAGCGGUUCUUCUAGCCACGGAUACACAGUUCAAACAACUUCGUUCUGCGUUUGUCAAGCUUACAACAGAUAAUCAAGAGUUGAUUGAACUGGUCCCGAUUGAGCAGCUGAAGCGUUUAUCAUCUUUUCACGUUGAUCAAAGUCUGGUCACGAUCACAAUUCAAUUGACGCGGGACAAAAAUCGACUGGUUCGUUUGGAGUCUGUGCAGUCUAUUUACAACCCACUGAGUAAGUCAACCUGGUUAUGCGAUGUUGGAGGUUCAGCUCAACUUGUUAAUUACGCACAACGACUGCGAACUCCCAGAAUACUUCUAUAUACCGAACUGUUUGAUAUCAUCAUCUCAGGUCUGGUUCUCGCCUUUUUGGCUCUAUUCUUCAUGGAUAUGUGCUUCGCAGGACGGACCGGCGAGUCACAUCUCCUGUGCUGUUCACCAAACCAGAAAAAAAGCACUUCACAUCAGGGUAUAUUGGCGUCUCAUAGUAAACGACGCGAUUUACUCUCUGGUUCGCUUGUCAAUCUGUGUGAGUCAUCGACAUAUACACCUAAGGUGGUAACCUCCAGAUCCUGUCCAGCAUGCUCCCAACUUGUACCUUCGUUUGGGUCUGCUGGUAUAGCGGAAGCUGAUGAGACUACCCGGACAUGUGACUUUUGUUCCGUUUGUCCACAACCAGAAUGGUCCACAACUAGCCGGAACAGACCAACUCAGCAAAGUACAUCUCCUGCGCCGUCCACUUUCUACUGUCUACAUCACGCACAGGCAGUAUGUGAGGAGAAUGGUACCGAGUAUGGCUCGUCAAACAAGGAUACAGACUCUGGAAAGCCCUCUUCCUCCACCGUAACACAUACACCCCAAAGGUGGGACCUGACCACAUGCAGUGUGCGACAUUCACAAACGGGGAAUCGGUUGAGGCCUCCCGAUCUUCCUUUACCGGCAAACAAGCAGAGUCCGGGGGAGAAAACAUUUGGAAAUGAUUCAGCAAUUCUGCUGACCGAUUCGAUUCACACCCAGUCUGUGUCAAUCCCACCACAUCCCAGUAUGAGCGAAAAUCCAACGACUUCUCUGUAUACCUAUUCAACCGACAGGCAAGAUCGAGAGACUGCUGCGCCUCACAUGAACUCCUUCGGUGAAGCUUCUCAACGCCAUACAAUUACAAAUGAUCAACCGUUCCAAGCGUUCAUCAGUCCUUCGAUACUCAAUUGCACUGGUCAUACAAGUUGGACCCCCAUGUGUGAAUGUGUGCACUACUUGUCGGGCCGUAGUGCAAUUCACCACUCUGUGAAUACACUGAGUCGUACAAAUCACAACAGUUCAUUCAACACACCUCCUGGGUCAAAUAUUUUAGAUGAUAAUGAUACCAGACAUGUGAAUGAACAAGGCCAAACGGUAGUUACCAUACAAUCCCCUUCUCACGCCACUUCGUAUGAAUCAUUCUCUGGGCACACCUAUUCCCUGUCAAAUGUAGUCUGACGAUUUUAAUUGAUCAGCGGCGAUGGUUUGACAAACGCAUACACAUAUCAACACCUUCCUUACUUCAGCACUUCUAGGUUGUGACUAUCCUAAUUCAUGGCCGUUUCGCAACCGGGUGCUCUCAACUAUGGACGCAGCUCAUUACUCAUCUCUGCUACUCUUCAUGACGUUGAUGUGUCCGCGUCGCCAACAUGCUCGCCAACACGCUCCUGCGUUAGUCCCGUACAACAACAGCUGACCCAUAUCCACCACGUGUAGUAGUGUACUCAAAACUGGCUGCAUUUUUCCUCUGGGCUACCUGUUGCUUCGCACAUUUCCAUUCACUGCACCAAGGCCCUCUUUUCCCGUUUGGUUGGAAAAAACUCUUCUGUACAUUUUCCAAGUGUUCAAAUCCACGUGGCACAGCGUUUUUAUUUGUACUUCUGCCUUAUAUAAAAUAUUUU